UCCAAGUGCGUAAUCUUCCCCAGCCAUCAUUUCCCGCCGAACACUCGCAGUAUAGACGCGUAAGGGAAUGCACGUGAAGAUAUUAUCGGCGCGCACGGGUCUAAUUGAUGGGAUUCGUGUCUCGCUCACGUCCUGGAAACUGUUUAUCGUUAUCCCCGCAAACAAGAAGGGAGUCCCGUGUUUCUUGGAUAGAGGGCGGUUUGAAGAAGCCGUCAGGAAAAACGGACCCGUGGCUAUUUAAAGUUUAGUGAGGACGGUGACUGGCUCUGAGGUUAUUGUUAUGAAUCUCACAAAAGAUCAAACGUUGAAAAGGAGAAAUUGUGGAAUUUAUGAGUUUAAACUGUUUGGGACGCACGCAGAGGUGAAUUUAUGCUCAUUUUAGUGGAACCGAAAACAUUUAAUUUGAAGUUUAGAAAUUUCCGCUUCGAUAACGUAACGCGCUAGAGAUGUGGCACGCGACUUAAGAAAAGAUUGACGUGUUGCGAGACGCCUUUCAGUCGUUGUGUUUAGUCAGCUCGUUUUAGUUCGGGUGGAAGUGUGGGGGGGAUUCCGUUUUCACCCAGAAUUCAUCACAUUAAGAUUAACAAGCCGUCUUUAAGAGGGUGCUUUACGGUCAUUCAUGAACUUGUUGAACACUCAGCCCUCCCCGGGACACUUCACACCGAGACUGAAUCUCAUUAACAGUGCAGAUGCCAAGCUGCAAAAGAGGAUGAUUGACAGAAGGCAAAGCUGAGACGGCUGUAAGUCAACAUCCAGCCAGAGAGUCGAUUCAUCAGAGUGUCAGAAACCUUGCUCUCUCUCCAGCCCGACCGAUCACUUCAUCUUCUCUGCUUCCACUUCUCUUAUCUCUGCUGGCACCCUGACCCUGCCCCUUCCCAGUGGACACAAUAAAGAGCAGAGGUGGAUACAGAAGCAUCGGACCUGACAACCUUACAGUGACCAAAGGGAAGCUGGUAUGCUGCUGCACCUCUUCUAUCCCACAUUCAGCAGAAGGAUUAUUUUGUGAACCAGACCCAAACCUUCCUCACCAUUCCCACUUUUUCUAUCUCUCCUUCUCUUGUGCAUCUUUGAGAAGAAGGGUCCAGACAGAUACUUUACAACACAGUGAAUAGUCUAUUGGAGGGGUGGCUCGAAAAAAGGAAGCAGUCAUGCGUUUCCCACUGUUCUUGAUACUGCAGGCAACAUGGCUGACUGUUUGUCUGGCCACGCAGCACUAUCCCACAACAUGGGGACACUACGACUUGUGCAAAUCAGAAGGCUACACGGACGAAGGCCCAACCUGGUAUUACAUGGCCUGCCAGCCGGAAGCCGCGGAUAUGACCAAGUACCUAAAAGUGUCUCUUGACCCACCCAACAUCACCUGUGGAGACCCACCAGAGACCUACUGCACCCUGGAAAACCCCUAUAUGUGCAACAAUGAGUGUGACUCAGCCACAGAAGAGCUGGCCCACCCACCUGAGCUGAUGUUUGACCAUGAGGGCCGCAACCCCACCACCUUCUGGCAGUCCACCUCCUGGAAGAAAUACCCUAAACCUCUGGCAGUCAACAUAACCCUGUCAUGGAACAAGACCAUUGAGCUUACCGAUGAUAUUGUCAUCACGUUUGAGUCGGGUCGGCCGGAGCAAAUGGUUCUGGAGAAAUCUCUGGACUAUGGACGUAGCUGGCAGCCCUACCAGUUCUAUGCUACCGACUGCCUUGACGCUUUCACUAUGGAGCCCAAAUCGGUGAGAGACAUUACCCAGCACACGUUGCUGGACAUCAUCUGCACCGAGGAAUAUUCCAGAGGUUAUGUGUGGAAGAACGACAAGAAUGUACGGUUUGAAAUCAAAGACCGUUUCGCACUGUUCGCCGGGCCCAAGCUGCACAAUAUGGCUUCGCUAUAUGGACAACUGGACACAACCAAGAACCUGAGAGACUUUUUCACCAUUACUGACCUGCGCAUACGUCUUCUCAGGCCUGCCACGGGCGCCACCAUGGUGGAUGAGUACAACCUUUCCAGAUACUUCUACGCCAUCUCUGGCAUUAAAGUACAUGGCAGGUGCAAGUGCAACCUUCAUGCCAACAGCUGCAUCUAUGACAAAGAGAGACUGACUUGCGAGUGUGAGCACAACACUACGGGGCCUGACUGUGGCCGCUGUAAGAGGAAUUAUCAGGCAAGAGCUUGGAGUGCAGGAUCCUAUCUCCCCAUCCCCAAGGGCACAGCAAAUAUCUGUCUGCCAAAUAGUGUUGGUCCAGUUAUUCGGCAGAACAUUUCAUCCCUAGGUGUCGCUAACCGAAAUCAAGCUCCUCAAGUUGCUUUGUCAACCGUUCCUUCUUUACAAGUUGCAAACAGUAAGAGAGACUGUAAUUGUAAUCCCUUUGGCUCAGACACUGAUCGCUGUAAUGGCACAGGAUAUUGUAAAUGUAAGGAGGGAGCGACAGGGGCUAAGUGCCAUGAGUGUCUGCCAGGAUAUUUGUGGGACAAUGGCUGCAAAUCCCAGGUGUGCAACAAUGAACUUCUGCGUUGCCAAAACGGCGGUGUGUGUGUCAACAAUAUCCGUUGUCAGUGUCCGCCGACAUACACCGGCCUGCUGUGUGAGAAACCGCGGUGUGAAAACGAGCCAGGCGGCUGCGGAGGGUCGGACUCGGGCCAGGCUUACCUCCACCCCCCUGGGCUGAUCCUGCUUAUGCUGCUGUCCAUCCUGGGUCCUGUUUUCCUCGUGGAGAUCUGCUAGACCACAGUCCUUUGAGAGGCAGAUCUCCAACUGUCCAGCUUCUUCUGUAUGAGCAGCGCACCAGAUGCACCGACACCCGGCCGGCCAUGUGGAAUGUGCCCAAACAUCAAAGCGAAAUUUCUGAGGAUGAUAGACAAAAUACAAUAAACAAUGCAUCAAUAAAAAUAGUAUUUAUAAAACUGAUUCAAUAUAAAAAUCGAAAAUUUAAACAAAGAAAACAUCAAAGUGUUAUUUAUAGAAUUUACCAGAGCAUAUGCUUCAUGAAGCAAAUAAGAGGAAGUAGAGACUAAGCCAGAACUAAGCCAUAAUAGAUACUCACUCCUCUAACAGAGCGAGAGGGAUUGAAGCGGACAAGACUCAUCCCUUUCCUCCCUUUAUCAUCACGGCAACGGGAGCUGUGCCGCCUCUCACCUGAGCCAUUCUGGGUAUCAUGUUGGCUGUAGACUGCUUUUGGCUAUUGUGACACGGAGCGAUGGAAAACUGUCCGGAUUGUGUGAACUGGCAAUUACAAAAAAAAAAAAAAAGAAGUAAUAAUAUGGAGAGAUACUCAAGUAAAGAAACAAGCAUUCUUUGCUGUCAGUGUAUUGCGGAUAUAAGGAAAUCUAUUCAGACUGUCACAUUUGAUCUGCUUACAAAUUGAGCUCGUCCUGUCAACACGUCCCAUCCAUCCCUAAAAAAAAAAUUAGAGUGUCCUUUGUGUCAAAAGCCCCGUCCUUCCUUCGCCCUGUGCUUUUGUGAAUGUUAUUCUGUAACCCUUGAUAUAUUUUUUUAUAUACAGUAUAUAUAUGAUUUGGGGGUUUUACUUUCAGUCUGUGUCAUGUUCGUCACACUCAUGUGGCACACCCCCUUAUCCUCCAAACAAAUAUGUCUAAAAAACCCAUGACUUUGAAAUGUGACUGUUUGCUGAGGCCACGGUCAAAGAUGUAUGUUUUCACCCAAACAGAUGAAGUGCUAAGACAGUCAUCAGUGUAUUUAAUUUUUGUAUUAAUACAGACCUUAUUUUCUUGACAGAGUAAAGAUGUAGAACAUAUACUUUUUUUGUAUUAUUGCUGAAAUGUGUUUAAGGGCAGCAUUUUAGUGCAUUCGAUCAAGAUGCAUAAUGAAUUAAAUAUCUGAUUAUGUUCGUCUGAAACUUUAUUUCAUUUACUUUUUUUUUUUCCUUCAGUUGGAUUGUGAAGUUUUCCUAAAGUAUAUUGGCAACGUGCUGGCAUUUAAAGAACAUCAGUUUACAUACAGUAUAUAUACUGACUUGUAAAAAAAAGAAAAUCACACCAAAGGACAUUCUAAAUGUUUUCUUGUUGCUUUAACACUGAGAAAUUUAAGUGAAUAAAACUUUAAAAGGA